GGGGACGUGGCCGGCGCCGCCAUCUUGUGGGGCUGCCCGAGGGGACGCGGAGCGCUGAGGGACCGAGCGCCCAGCCCAGCCCUGCGCUGCCGCCGCCAUGGUGCUGUUGGCAGCAGCCGUCUGCACGAAGGCGGGAAAGGCCAUUGUCUCCCGGCAGUUCGUGGAGAUGACUCGGACCCGCAUUGAGGGGCUGCUGGCGGCGUUCCCCAAGCUGAUGAACACCGGGAAGCAGCACACGUUCGUGGAGACAGAGAGCGUGCGGUACGUCUAUCAGCCCAUGGAGAAGCUCUACAUGGUGCUGAUCACCACCAAGAACAGCAACAUCCUGGAAGACCUAGAGACACUCCGACUCUUCUCUAGAGUGAUCCCCGAAUAUUGUCGAGCGCUGGAGGAGAAUGAGAUCUCUGAGCACUGUUUUGACCUGAUCUUUGCCUUCGAUGAAAUUGUUGCCCUGGGCUACCGUGAGAAUGUAAAUCUGGCACAAAUCCGGACCUUCACUGAGAUGGACUCACAUGAGGAAAAGGUGUUCCGAGCAGUCCGAGAGACUCAGGAGCGUGAAGCGAAGGCCGAGAUGCGCCGUAAAGCGAAGGAGCUGCAGCAGGCCAGGAGGGACGCCGAGAGGCAGGGCAAGAAGGCCCCUGGGUUUGGAGGCUUCGGUAGCUCGGCCGUGUCAGGGGGCACGACAGCGGCAAUGAUCACGGAGACCAUCAUUGAAACGGAGAAGCCCAAAGUGACACCGGCACCUGCCAGGCCUUCAGGUCCAAGUAAAGCCUUGAAGCUUGGCGCUAAGGGGAAGGAGGUGGACAACUUUGUGGACAAGCUGAAAUCGGAAGGAGAAAACAUCAUGACUUCUGUAGGCAAGCGCUCCACGGAAGCAGCCAAAGUUCUUGCUCCUCCCGUUAACAUGGAGAGCGUGCACAUGAAAAUAGAGGAGAAAAUUUCCUUGACUUGCGGCCGUGACGGAGGGUUGCAGAACAUGGAGCUGCAUGGCAUGAUCAUGCUGCACAUUUCCGAUGAAAAGUGUGCACGGAUUCGCCUGCAUGUAGAAAAUGAAGACAAGAGGGGAGUGCAGCUACAGACUCACCCCAAUGUGGACAAAAAGCUCUUCACUGCGGAGUCACAGAUUGGUUUGAAGAACCCAGAGAAGUCAUUCCCUAUCAACAGUGAUGUGGGUGUGCUGAAGUGGAGGUUGCAGACCACAGAGGAGUCCUUCAUUCCAUUGACAAUUAACUGCUGGCCCUCGGAAAGCGGGAACAGUUGUGACGUUAACAUUGAAUAUGAGCUGCAGGAGGAGACCCUGGAGCUGAAUGAUGUUGUCAUCACCAUCCCCUUGCCGUCUGGUGUGGGUGCCCCAGUGAUCAGGGAGAUCGAUGGUGAGUAUCGCCACGACAGCCGGAGGAACCUCCUUGAGUGGUGCCUGCCAGUGAUCGAUGCCAAAAACAAAAGUGGCAGCCUGGAGUUCAGCAUAGUGGGGCAGCCCAACGACUUCUUCCCGGUCCAAGUCUCCUUCAUCUCCAAAAAGAACUAUUGCAACAUACAGGUUACCAAAGUGACCCAGGUAGACGGGAACAGUCCUGUAAGGUUUUCUACUGAAACCACCUUCCUGGUGGACAAGUACGAAAUCCUGUAGUAACAGCCAUGGGGAAUCACAAAGGAAGAAAAUUUUAAAUUAAAAAAAACAACAAGAGAAAAAAAAAAACAAAAACCAAGAAACAAAAAAAGAGGCUGAAUGUUGGAAACUCCACAGCCCCCUCUCUGCUCAGACGCGUGGCUCUGUCUGCAGCAUUCCUGGGUCACAGACGUUUUUGGCAGAGAAUUUACUUGCUCAUGGGGGGAAAGGCUACGAAUUUCUUUGGCACAUUUUUACUGGCCCACAGAAGAGCAACAUCUCCGUGGAGAACACGGCCUUGACACAUCCCUUUCUCUCCUGACGACAACCGGAGCUCAUCCCAGCACCUACCAGGCAUGGUUCUCUCCCUUCCCUAAGCCUCAUGCGCUGUUCCGUUGGUGCUGCUGUGAUAAUUUCUCCUCUGCCUCCACCUCGUCUCUGUUGGCGAGUGCAGGUGUCAGGGUAAUGUGCACGGGGACACCUCGCUUCUCCACGCCCUUCCGUCUGGUAGAAGAAGAGCAAAUUUGCCUUGGUUCUGAAGGUGGGGAGCUGUGGGACUUGGGGUGGGGCCCUUCAGCCCCCAUGGUUACUGCUGUCCCUCCAGCCCUGUGGGGCAGCAGUGGUCCUGCAGCUGCUCUGAGGCCAGCCUGUGGGGCGAGGUAGGUAGGUUAGAGUCAGCCCUGGGACCCUGUUGGUGUCUUGCGGGGCUGAAGGCUUCACCUGCCGCUGUGCAAGCAGCUGUGGAGACCCGGUUACUGUGUGCUAGGACCUGUCCCAAACUCGCAUUCUUUCUCAGCACUUGUGGAUGGAGGGGAGGGAAACACUGGUUUCCAGAAAACGUGGGCUGAUCUAAAAGUGCCAGAGCCAUUCCUCCUCCUGCUGCCUCAUGAGCAUUAUUUGCCUCAUCUCACACAGUCGUGCUCCGCUAAAUACUCAUCUCACCUGCCCAGGUCAGGGCUUGUCCCUGAAAGUGUGUGGCCAUCCGCGAGGUCUGCAGGGGAGCACCAGCUGCUGCUGCAGGUCCUAAGCACACGGGGAAAGAAAGUGCCCUAAACAGCUGUGUACUGUGCUCCCGAGAGCUCUUCUGUGGGAGUGAGCCUGUGGGUUCCGCUGGGGUCCUCUGCCAAAGAAGUUUGUGGUCUGUCCUCCGUCAGCAAAGAAAUCACCUGGUCCUGGGAGGGCGGGAGAGCAAUCCCUGUUCCAUAGCAAAGUAAGUGAUGAAUCCGAUUAACUUGGUUCUGUUCCAGAGCUGCUUGUCUGUAUGAUUUUAAAAUGGAGUCCAGGUUAGUUCAAGAAUCUGAGGAGCUGCUCUUUUUUUUCCUGAAAUCCAUGGGAGGGUGAUGUUUAAACCGAGGCGAACUCCCCCCUUUUUGUAGCCCCCUGUGCGAUACUGGCAUAGGCACAUUCCAGUGUACACAGAAUUCUCAUCUUUAAUCAAUAAAGAGUAUUGUCAAAGGAA